ACUCGAUAAAUCCUUGGCCACUUAAUUAUUUGUGUGUGUAUAUAUAGGUGGCUUUUGGGAAGCCAUUUUGAUUCAUUAGUUUAGUAAUAACUAGUAGCCAUGGCUGAUGAAUUCAAGCAUUUGGUUUUGGUGAAGUUCAAGGAAGAUGUUGUAGUGGAAGACAUUCUAAAACAGUUGGAAAAACUUGCUCAUGAAAUUGAUGUUGUCAAAUCUUUUGUUUGGGGAAAUGAUACUGAAAGCCAUGAAAUGCUUACACAAGGUUAUACCCAUGCUAUUAUAAUGACAUUCAAUAGCAAAGAAGACUAUAAUACUUAUGUUAGUCACCCAAAAGAUGUCGAAUUUUCGGCUUUUUUUGUCACUGUAAUUGACAAGGCUGUGGUACUGAAUUUCCCUGCUGUUUCUUUCAAAGCUUCUUCUUGAACUUAUGAUCAAUGGCACAACAAAAAACUAGUGUUAUGUGUGUGCCUAUGUUCAAAUAUGGUGUUUUUGGUUAUGAUGUUUUUGGAGGUUUUCAAGUGUUUGUAUGUGAACAUUGUUGUCUUUAAGACAUGUAUCAUUAUGAAGAUCUUGCAAUAUAUGAUAUCCAUUCUUGAAUGGACAUUUCAAUAGAA